AUGAGUUCAGAGAUCAACAUAAGACAACUGCUUUAUUACAAAUCUCUUAAUCCCAACCCAAGUUAAUAAUCCCUUCGGGUGGUUAAAACUAUGCAACAUAGGCUCAAUAAAUUGAGAUCAACUGCUCAAAGUGAUUUUAGACUUACAACACUCUAAACUUAAACACCAGCAAAUAACUUUAGAUAUGGAUUUAAUGUCGAUGAACAACAGAAUUAGAAUUCUUAAAUUCAUUUUUUGGAAGUUUAUGAGCAUCCAAUGAAACAUCUUAAUAGUUACAUUGCAGAGAGUAAAAAGAAUAUAGCAUAACUGCGGGAUUAGUCAAAUAGAAUACGGUUGGAGAUGUCGACUAUUACUUCCAAAUGUGAAUUUGAAUUAAAUCAAUUACAAAAUAAUUUUAGAGAGUCUAUGAACUAAAAAUAUAAAUUGCUUAAAGAGGAUAAUGUAUAAUUCAUAGAAGAACAAUACAGAUUGUCGAAAGAAUACUCAAGAUUAGUUAAGGCUAAAUAACUUAUGGAAGAGAAGCAACAAUAAUUAUUAAAAAGAGUAGUUUAAUUAGAGAACACUUUGCAAGGAGUAACGCUUGAGUUAAAGCAUGAUCAAAAUUUUUGA